GAGUGUGUCCUUAAGGAGGGCGGGGAAGGGAGAGAAAUCCAAGUGACGUCCUGCUCGACGGCUACGCUUAAAAGCUGCGAGUCGACCUCCUUUACUUUCAGUGGUCAACCAGCCAGCACCGAGGAAGGUAGACAGCGCCAGGCGUCGUAGCUACUGCGCAGACCCGUAUCGACAGGCUUCUCAGAGCGGGGACAAUAAGCCGAGCGAAAGAUGGUCUAGACCGGGAUUACUGAGGCAAAAAAUACCGAAUGCUGUAACGGUAUAUUCACCGACGAGAGAGCUCCAGGCUCGCUUAGUUUUCGUCUCCACUCCCGUCUCCUCUUUGAGAGAUACGUUCCCAUGCGAUUCUUCAGACUCACAUUUAAGUGUUUCGUGGAUUGUUUUUGAAGGUGCUGUCUAGCUCGGUGUUUUUCUUUUCGUGAGCGUGUCUCAUUUUAUUUCUCAUUUUCGUUUCCUUAAUUUUAUGAGCCGAUUCUGAAUUCCAGUUGCCCUUUCCCUAACGCGAUUCGCGGCAGUCUUUUGUCAGCAUUCUCACCGCUGGGCAUUUGACUUAAAAAAAAAAUAUAUAAAAUAUAUGUAUAAUUCCGUCGACUAAUAAAACCACAUACUCAUACGAGAGCAAGGAUCCAAUCGUCUAUACAUUUGGGGAUCGCCGCCCGAAAAACGAAAGGACAUUCUGGUGCCCUUUCUUGGGGGUGAAACUGAACUGAGAAAAAUUAGAGGACUGUACUAUCUGGGAUAAAAUUUAUAUUACUAACUGAUCUCGUCAGUGGCUUUAUCUUUUCCCAGAGUUUUUAAGAACUGUGAGGGUUCUUUGUUUACAAGUGGAUGGCUGGGAUGGAGAAAUCCGCUCUGAAUAGCGACUGCUGCGCUGUGAAUCUGGUCCUCGGAGAGGAGAAGAAGGGCCACCUCAUCCCCAACGGAAAUGGGCACCAGGGCGUGAACGGGAACCUGGUUGGAGGUGCAGGGGCUGGCGCAGCUGGGGGUGCACCUGGAGCCAUGCCCCCAGUGGACAAAGUUGGGUACCCCGAGCGAGAGACUUGGACCCGGCAGAUGGAUUUUAUCAUGUCCUGCGUGGGAUUUGCAGUAGGGCUGGGCAACGUGUGGCGUUUCCCCUACCUCUGCUAUAAGAACGGUGGCGGGGUGUUCCUCAUUCCCUACAUGUUGAUCGUGUUCGCGGGGGGCAUCCCCAUUUUCUUCCUGGAGAUUGCCCUGGGGCAGUUCAUGAAAGCCGGAAGCAUCAACGUGUGGAACAUCGCGCCUCUCUUUAAAGGUCUGGGGUAUGCCUCGAUGGUUAUAGUGUUUUUCUGUAACACUUACUAUAUCAUGGUGUUGGCCUGGGGUUUCUACUACUUCAUCAAGUCCUUCAAUGCGACUCUGCCCUGGUCUACUUGCAACAACCCAUGGAACACCGAGAACUGUAUCGAGAUCUUCCGGCACGACGACUGCCUGAACGGCACCAUCGGCAACUCCAGCUUCGGCAACCUGACCUGCGAGGAGCUGGCCGACGGCCGGUCGCCCAUCAUCGAGUUCUGGGAGAAUAAGGUUCUGAACAUUUCCGACGGGCUGGAUCAGCCCGGCGUCAUUAACUGGGAGCUGAUGCUAUGUCUGCUGGCCACCUGGGUUAUGGUGUACUUCUGCGUGUGGAAGGGAGUGAAGUCAACAGGCAAGAUUGUGUACUUCACCGCCACCUUCCCCUACGUGGUGCUGAUUAUCCUGUUAGUGAGGGGCGUCACUCUGCCCGGGGCCUAUGAUGGGAUCAUGUACUACAUUAAGCCCGAUUGGUCGAAGCUCGGCGAGGCUCAGGUGUGGAUUGAUGCCGGCACACAGAUUUUCUUCUCAUACGCCAUUGGUCUUGGCGCCCUCACUGCGCUUGGCAGCUAUAACAGAUUCAACAAUGAUUGCUAUAAGGAUGCGUUUAUGCUAGCUAUGAUCAACAGCGGCACCAGCUUCUUCGCUGGUUUCGUGGUCUUCGCUAUUUUGGGGUUCAUGGCGUCGGAGCAAGGGGUGGACAUCUCCAAAGUGGCCGAAUCAGGACCCGGCUUGGCGUUCAUCGCCUACCCCAAAGCCGUGUCGAUGAUGCCCGUCGCGCCCCUCUGGGCAGCUCUCUUCUUCUUCAUGCUCCUCCUCCUGGGGCUCGACAGUCAGUUCGUUGGGGUCGAAGGUUUUGUAACAGGGAUCCUGGAUCUUUUUCCUGGAAAGUAUUACAUGCGCUAUAGGCGUGAAAUCGCCGUGGCGAUCUGCUGUUCAAUGUGCUUCAUUAUUGAUAUUUCCAUGGUUACGCAGGGUGGGAUGUACGUCUUCCAGCUCUUUGACUACUAUUCGGCCAGUGGUAUGACCCUCCUCUGGCAGACGUUCUGGGAGUGCAUGGUGAUUUCCUGGGUUUAUGGUGCUGACAGAUUCAUGGACGACAUUGCUCGCAUGAUCGGCUACAGGCCAUUCCCCUGGAUGAAGUGGUGCUGGUCCUUUAUCACUCCAUGCGUGUGCAUGGGCAUCUUCCUGUUUCACCUUAUGAACUACAAGCCUCUGACAUACAACAACGAGUAUGUGUACCCGUGGUGGGGCGAGGUGAUUGGCUGGUGCAUGGCUCUGUCUUCCAUGCUAUGUAUCCCCGUCAGCCUGGUCUACAAGCUGUUCAGGGCCAAGGGGACCUUCAAGGAGCGCUGGGCCCACCUGACCAAGCCGGUGUGGGGUGCUCAUCACCUGGAGUACAUGGCCCCCGAUGCCGACGUCAAGAGCCUGGCCUCCCUCACCCCGGGGACCGAAGAGAACAAGGUCAUCAUCUUCGAGAGCGUUAUGUAGGCACGACGGUCUGCAGGAGACUCGGGGUGUCCGCCCCUCCCCCCCCCCCCCCGAAACAAGCUGGCUGAGCCCUUGGGCCUAACCCCCCCCCCCCCCGUUCCCAUUUUCAUCUCACGGCCUUCUCUGUGCUGUGGGCCUGUCCAUCUCUACAGUCACAAACAGCACAUCCUUGUAAAUGAACAAUCAGUGUGCGGUACCGUUUGAAAUGUCAUGUAAAGAUCAACACCAUGGUAUCCAUCAAAUUUUUUAAAAUUUUCUUUUUUUUUAUUUUUAAAUAAUAAAAAUGGAAACGAAAUGGUUCUCUUGGUGCUGAUGCUAGAAAAAGGAAUCCAGCUAAAUGGCAGCAGAUGCCCUUGUACUCCCCCCCUGAUGAAAUCAGAGUAACGACUCCCCCACUUAGCACCCUACACCUCGACCUCCUGUUGAGCGCCCCCCCCCCCGGCGCCCCGCCAGCUUGUCUCGGGAGGCGGAAGGCCACGCCACGCCUCGAGUCGGCCGUCGUUCGCUCGGUGGCUCCGCCUCUCCGUCCGACCCGGAGCCGAACUAGGUCACCGCAGAAUUCCCACAGGCUACCGCAGCGCAGGCUGGCGCAGUCACACAUUAGCAUGCUGCUCACAACUUUUUAAAGGACAAAAAAUAACUUUCAACUACCUAAUUUAAAAAAAGUUGUAUUUUUACUAUUGGCGCAUAUUAAUACCCCAUGAUGCACUGCUUUUCAAGAUCAGUUCUGUUGGCAUAGUUUUGAAGAAUUACACUCCUUUUUAAUAAAAAUUUUUUUUAAGUAUAUAUGCAGCUCCAUUAGUGCUCUCAGUGACUUGUCGACAUCUUUGCAGCAAAUCUGUGCGAUUUCAAAAUCAAUUUCAAAAUCAAUCGUGCGUAUGUGCUGUACGCGUGUCUGUGUGCAGGUAUUGACUUGCAUCAGUUGAGCGAUCGGUGUGUCAAUAAGUUACGAUUAGCAGUGUAAACCUCAGGCCUCACCACAAUUAGGAUAUGGGUUUGAUUCUCGAGACAAUGGUUCCACGUUUGGCAAUAUCACAAAUUUUGGGACGAUAUGAUCUGAAACAAUCUGAUAUGAUCCUGCUAACACAAUCCGGUUAUGGUAUACAACCAAAAUGCAGUGCAAAAACUUAUUGACGUCACACUGAACAGAUGGAAAAAGACACUCGUGAGAGUGUCCAGUCGGAACCAUAAACAAUGAAUGUUGGCAUGGGGUGAUUUUUAUGGAUUUAGACAUACCAUUUACCAUUCAAAGAAACACUAAAUAAUAUUCACAGGCCCACAUGCUUUUCAAUGAAAUACAAAAAACAAAACAAAUAUUGCCUAUUACAUAAACCAUAUUGAGGAGUUUUGAGGAGUUGAAUAGCUGACAUUCAGUAAACAUGAAUAUACAUUGUUUUCCACCACAUGCAUCAGGUCUUCAUUAGUUAUAUAUAUAUAUCGCUGAUGUAAAUAUAAAUCAGCAGCAAUGAUGAUAUAAAAUUCAAGCUACACAGAACUGAAUGGCAAAGUGUGGCAGUUGACACUCAGGCAAAGUCUAUUUUCCAAAACACACUGGAUUUAACAGUGAAGGAUUACCAUCAUCCAUUCAAAUCAAAGUCCAGCUGGAUUUUUUUCUAUACCCAGUAGCACCCAGCACAAACAUUACAAUAAUAACUUACAUUUUGUUUAUCACAAUCAAUAUUACUACUCCAUCAAAGGCUAUGUACUGGAGUAAGUGGAUGGCUCAUCAGCAUGCUAUUACUUUUAUGAGCCAAUACAAAAGAAGAAAUAGUAUGGAUAAUGUAGUGAACUAAUCAUGAGCCAUUUUGAUUGAGAUACAGCCUUCCUUGAUUUACAUCGUCCUUUGGAGGCGUACAGUAUGUAAUUUGCUGCAGUAUCUGCUGGCUUUUGUCGGAUCUCAAACCAAUGAUAUUUCAGUUGCCAAAAAAAAAAAUUCUGUUGCAGACACUUCUUUUGAUGAAUAUAUUUGAAUAUUGUUUGUCUUUGAAUACGACAAAUCUUAACGCUCUUGUAGACAUAAUAACGGUUACUUUCAUGUGCCAAAUGGAACAUUCCAUCUCUGCUGUAUAAAUCUAUGCCAGAGAAGGGUAUUUUGUUGCCAUAAAAACGAUAUAUAUACUUUAGCUGCCUCGUUUAGCCUCUCCAGUGUAUUGCAAACAAAUAUGGGUGUUUAAAAAAUUUUAAAAAAUCAAUUUUGAAAACAAGCAAGUUCUGGAGUUUAAGGCGGUGGUCCUGAACUGAGAAUGAAAGAAAAAAGAAGUUUCAUGAAAGAGUACACUGGAUUAAACGUGUGCCUGUCUGAUUUGUUUUAACUUCUCUCAUCUACCCCCAAUGGGAAAUGCAUAAGAAAUUAGAUGACCUGUUAGCUGCACGCAUGCUUCUGUCUUUACCCAAUUUCCAUUUCCCACAGGAAUGAUCUCGUAAUGCAUAAUCCCGGGUUUUUCAGUCCUCAGAUGAAUAGAUAAAUAAAUAAAACAUACUCGUGCGUAAAUACACGAAGUAGGCUGGCGCCAACUUCGGGAAAUUAGGGUGACCUUACGGAAAAAGAGGACGGAAACACGUGGGCAUUACAAAUGUAACACUAGGCUAUUUGUUUAUUUACAUAACGUCUAUAGAACGAGCACAGCCAAAGCGGACAUUUUGUUUUUUAGUAAUUUAGGUAUCAACACGGACAGAUAUUUUCGGUCCUAAAAAGAGUAAACGUCCGGGGAAAGUUAGGCCGUGUAGUCGGGCUAGAUCAGGGGCCUCAAAAACUUCAGUCCUGGAGGGCCGCAAUCGACAGCCGAUUUAAGCCUUGGAAACAAGGUGUGCGGGAGUCUUUAGCUAAUCAAGGGCUUAAACGAAGCGCUUGUGUUACAAGUGCCGGAACACAACGGAAACCAGCGGACGCAGCGUCCCUCCAGGAUUUGAGUUUGAGAUCCCUGGCCUAGAUAAGCUUAAGGUACUUUGAAGGGGACAGUCGCAGCCGACCGCACUGUCCUGGGGCAGUGAUUUGGCCUGAUUGAUGAACACUGUAGAAAUGGUUCUGUCCCUAACACAGCCAGGUCAUUGAUUUUUCUUUAACAGAACAUUCUAGAUUAUUUCGCAUCAACCAUGGGCGGUAGAUACCGAACUUUGCCUUUUUGUUGUUUUGUCUUAAAUGGAACCCAUUUGUCAAACAAUGAAUGGCCAAAAACUUUUACCAGAAUACCUGAAUACCUAAAUAUAGCCUGUGGGAAUUCUGCCAUUCACAGUGACAUAGAAAACAGUCAUCUCUCAUUGUAACGUAGUGGAGAAAAAAAAUACAGUUAGAAUGUACUAGAUCUUAAUAACAUAAUGCUACAAACUACAUUUGCACAUUGUUGUAAGAUAAUUGCGCUAGCACUUUUAAAACUGUGUUAGAAUAUGACAUUUCUUUUACUUUUAUUUGUAAAAUAAAUCAGAGAUUUAUUUUGUGAUGGCUUUUAUUUCAAUUAUACACAUAUAUAUUAUAUAUAAAUGUCUGUGUGUUCUAUUGUGAAAGCUGCAGUGUUAUUUUGAUGAAAAUAAGGAAAUGCACCAUGCAUUGCGUUGCAAGGCAGUAUCUUAAGAAGGGAAGAUUGAAUUAACAGCACACUAAAAACCUUGGAAUUCUUUCAAAUAACAAGUGCUAAUAUUUUAUGGAUAUUAGAUUAUUAAUCUGUAAUCAAGAUUGCCUCACACCACCCAGAGCUUUUUUAAAAUUAUUUAUCACGAAAAGAUGCUUUACAGUCUGUAAUCUACAGGGUUAACUCGUGACAGAAAUUUUUACAUUUCUGAAGGAUAUUCUUCCCUAUGUUAUGUCAGAAGUAAUAAAAGUAAAAUGGCUUUGACAUUUAGUGAUUUUGAAAUUGUGGGUCCUUUGUUGUUUAAGAGAAAGGGCAACGCGUACAUUCCCUCACAGUAACUUAGGGCAGCCUUCAUUGUUGUUGUAGUCGUGAAAUUCACAACUUAAGUGCCAUUCAUAAGUUUGAUUAUGAACCCUAAUAACCAUUGUGAGACAAGUUUUACAAAAACAAAAAAAAAGUGUUAAAAAUAUUUGCUGUUUUUACACAUUGCAGCUAGGCUUCAUGUUCAUUUUUUACUGUGUAUAUUUUUACAUACAUUGCCCUUGUAGUCCAAUCGCAUAAUAGCCUGGGUCGGUCAGCAGGUGUAUGAAUAACAGGAUAUUUUUAUUAUGUUAAAUAUAUAUAUAUAUAUAUAAUUGUAAUGUACAUAACAAAAAGCAUAUGUAUUGUGUCAUUUUGUGGAGUACUGGCAAAAAAUUUCUCAACAGUAUGUCUUUCCUACAAAGGCUUGGUCCAAUCAGGUUAAAACAAGAAAUAUACUUUAUAACACAGUUAUUUACAUUUUAAAACUGAUGUGGUAUAUGAUCAAUAAUGUGUUCACAGAUGAGACAAAACUGAGUUUGAUCGAAACAGAAAUUGUAAAUGAUUAUUUUAAAGCUUUUGAAAGUUCUGAAAUGUUACUGAUGAAGUGUUAUUCAUUUUUCACUCAUGAAUGAAAGGUUUUGCAAUAUAUGUUAUAAAUACAAAAUAUUUACGGAGAUUUUUGAUGUGUGCAUAGUUUAUGGUUUUGGAGCUUAUUUUAGCUAGGUUUAGUUGUGUUCUUCCACUAAUGGUUUCUGCAUGGCAAUUAUUUUAAUUGAUUGUUCUUAUUGGUUAAUGCUACUGCAGAAGACAAAGCCUCUACUAUAUUGAAUCAACAGUGAAUUUCUUUGUUUCCCCUCAUGUAAUUCCAGAGUAAUGUGCUUAUGAUAUAGUUCCACAUAAAUUAAUUAUUCAUAAACGUAAGCAAAACACUGCAUGUAUACUCAAAAUUUAGUUAAAAAAAAAAAAAACAUAAAAUAAACUAUGCAAGGCACUGUAUCAAACACAGUUCUAAUAAUAAUCGCUCAGUCAGUUGAAUUCUGAAACAUGAAUACUAUUGACAGUUCCAUUGCCUGGGAGGUAAAAAAAUAAAAAUAAUAUGAGGUUGGUUGCGUUGUGUGAAAAUCUACACUGAUACAGUAAAUCUAAAACAGGUGUACGUCCAACAGCCAAAGCACUUGGGGGGGAAGAGGAUACUGUUGAGAAAAGACACAUUAACACUGUUGACCUCAUACUUAACACACAAUUAACUCAUCAUUGUGCAUCAAUACUUCUACCUUGUGAGAUGUCUUCCAUUCAAGCAAUUUGGAUUAGUGUUUAAGAGUAACAGUGAUAGCUACGAUUCCGUUGAUGACACCAAGGGCUUCAUGCUUAACCACCACUGUGUCUGUGUGCUGAAAAUCCAUUCAGAUCAGAGUAACAAAUGGCAAUAAAGACUCUCAAACAAUAA